AUGGCCAACAGAUUAGCCUUCGUAAUUACUUUGACCCUUUUCUGUGGCUUGGCAGUUAGCAGUAGAACAAAGGUGUUUUCUGUCGAAAGUCAAGAUGGUAUGGCUGCUGCUUUGGCCCCAUCAACUGGUGAUGGCAUUUGCGCAUCAAUGAUUGAGCCACAAGAUUAUAUCUGCGAAGAACAUACGGUGACAACAGAAGAUGGCUAUAUUCUCAGCAUGCAGAGAAUCCCAGUAGGGCGGUCGGGCCGGACUUCGGGAAACAGACCCCCGGUUCUGUUGCAGCAUGGACUACUAAUGGAUGGAAUUACCUGGCUGCUGUUACCUCCAGAUCAAUCUUUAGCAUUCCUCUUGGCUGAUAAUGGCUUUGAUGUAUGGAUUGCUAACACUCGGGGAACCAAAUAUAGCCGUGGCCAUGUGUCACUCAGUCCAGAUGACUCGGCCUACUGGGAUUGGACUUGGGAUGAACUGGUGGCAUAUGAUCUUCCAGCUACAUUUCAGUAUGUGCAUGAUCAAGCAGGACGAAACCUGCACUAUGUUGGACAUUCGCUGGGAACUUUGAUGGCUCUGGCUGCCUUUUCGAAGAGCCAGCUGGUGAGCACAUUGAGAUCAGCUGCCUUACUUUGCCCAAUUGCUUAUGUUGGUCAGAUGACAUCUCCACUUGCAAGAAAUGCUGCCGACAAUUUUCUUGCUGAGGCCUUGCGCUGGUUGGGUCUCAGCGAAUUUGAUCCAAGAGGGGGAGCUGUAGUAAAAUUGCUGAAGAUCAUCUGCGACAAACCAGGUGUUGAUUGUACCCACUUGUUAACUUCUUUCACAGGUCAGAAUUGCUGCCUGAAUUCUUCCAUAGUGGAUAUGUUUCUCAGCCAUGAACCCCAGUCAACAGCAACAAAGAACAUGAUCCAUAUCUCUCAGAUGAUCAGAGAAGGAACCAUAGCAAUGUACGAUUACGAUGAUGAUGAUAAGAACAGAGAACACUAUGGGCAGAAAACUCCUCCAGUAUACAAUAUGACAAGCAUUCCAAAUGACCUCCCUCUGUUUCUCAGCUAUGGAGGAGCAGAUGCUCUUUCUGAUGUUAAUGACGUGAAACUCUUGCUUGACAGCCUGAAAGAUCAUGAUGGAGAUAAACUUGUAAAGCAGUACAGAGUUGACUAUGCUCAUGCAGAUUUUGUUAUGUCUGCAAAUGCUAAGGAGGAUGUUUAUGAUCCUCUCAUAGCCUUCUUUAAACUUCAAUGA